AUGCCUCCGUUGGUCCAGGCGAAGGCUGCAUCCAAAGAUCUCAAAGCAAAGAAGACGAAGAGCAGGAAUGGUUGCGGCCGAUGCAAGCUCAAGAGGUUGAAAUGCGACGAGACCACGCCCUCUUGCUUGCAGUGCAAGAAGAGAAACGUUCCUUGCCCUGGAUAUGAGAAGACGCUGAAAUGGUCGACCAAGUAUGAGGUCUUUCAGCCGACCGUCCAGUUCGGCUCGUCGCCGACGAAUGCGUCGCCUAAACCCGACGUCAUCUCCAAGACCCCUCAGGUGACCGAAGUCACAUUACCCCCAGAUGUCGAGCGGGGCUUCGAAGCUCUGGCUGCUGUGCUUCCUACCAGCAAGAAGCCUGCAGAGCCCGCCCGGGAGAAUGCUUCUCGUCAGCCAACACCGCCGGCUGCUGCCAUUGACACUCCUCCUGUCCUCCUCCAGACCUCGUCGUCGCCCGAGACCUUCGGGAGUGAGUCGUCUCCCCCAGAACCCGAACCCCUCCCCGAACCUUUUUUCCUUCAGGAUCUCAAUGCCUUUGAUCCGUUGCUGUUGGAUGGCCUCAUCAACGCGAUCGGAGACCAGAAUGGCGACUUCACUUUCGACGCCUUGGAGGGCUUCGACAUUGACCCUGGACCACUGGACGACAUUGGCCUAGACCUGGACCAGGUGCAAUUUCCUGAAGACGAAGAAGAAGAAGAAGAAGAUGCUGCAGGCACAACGCUGGUGAGCCCUCGCCUGUCCCGGUCGCUCCUUCUUGACUUCUACCGCCUUCCCAACCCUUCCCCUUCUGUGAAGACAGUGGACGACGUCGAGUCCAUUCUCAUUCAGCACUAUUUCAAGGACGUGUGCGCCUUGUUUUCUGCUUUCGAUUCUGUUCUCAAUCCCUUCAGGACUACCAUCGGCCGUAUAUUCCAAGAUACUCCGUCCGUCUACUAUGCUAUCCAGUCGAUGGCAGCUGCCCACCUGGCCAACACCUUUCCUAAUAUGAGUGCCGUGGGCAUGGAGCUUCAGCGCAAGGCUGUUGAUAGCCUGCAGGAAGAGCUCCCGCUUGUGCAGAGUGGCCAAGCCAGCUGCACUAAGACGUUUCUCAGCAUCAUCCUGCUCGGUCUGUCAACGUGCUGGCACGAGAGCAGCGCUCUUGGCGAGGAGUUCCUGACCACGGCUCGGAGCCUGAUCCUGCCCAAGCUCCUCAGCAGCUCCGAAGAGGAGGAAGUCCAACGCGAAACCCAGUUCUUCGAGGAGUCGCUCAUCUACUGGGAGAUGCUCAUGGGUUUCGUCACCCAGGACUCCAUGACCUUCGCUCCUUCUGGGUUGCGCAGCCGAGGAGCGUCUAAGGCCAUUCCUGCUGCACGAAAGAAAGAUGGGAAGAUUGUGCCUCACCCAUGGACGGGCAUCGCCCCAACGAUCCAGAUCCUGUUCGCGGAAGUGGGCAGACUGGUCCGCAGGGAACGAAUGCUCGAUAUGAACCCGACUGUCGAUUUUCGCCGGCGACAGGAGAAUCUCCUCAAUGCUGCGACCUUGGAGGAAGACCUCCUCGCUGCGGAGUAUCCCUUAGCAGAGGAGCUGGCUGAUAUCGGGGAUGAGAGGACUCCCAAGCAUGACUUCGUUGUCAUUGCUGAGGCAUAUCGAUGCGCUGGCCUCCUCGAGUUGUACCGCGUCUUCCCUUCAAUCCUCCGCAAGCGUCUUGGAACAGACAACUUCACCUGGACUGACAGUCUUGAUCUCGAAUUCCCGACGCCGCGCUUUGAGACGCCGUAUGAGGAUACCGAUACCAAGCUUUGGAUCAACUCCCUCGCCAUGCAUAUCCUGCAAGCGAUUGAGUCACUUCCGUCUUCAUCUGGAACUAUCUGCAUCCAACCAAUCUUGCUCGUCACCGCAGCUUCUGAGCUCAAGUUCGUGUCAUCGGUUGACUACUUUGACAUCUAUGCGAACGACGCCCGAGUACUGCAGGCGAGAGAGUUUGCUGUCAGGCGCAUGCAGGAGUAUUCCAUGCGCCUGCCCGCUAAGCCUUUGCGCCAGAUGAUCGAGCUCGUGAAAGAGGUCUGGCGCCGGCAGGACAACGGACAGAAUGCCUUCUGGAUCGAUGUCAUGAACGAGAUGGGAUGGCACACUGUCAUGGGUUAA